AAGGAAAAAUAGAAAGGCUAAAACAAGAAAACCAACUUACUUAAAAUUUAAAAACGCAAAUCCGCCCCCUGUUUCUUGUUAAUCCAAACACUAUAUAAAUCUUCUCAACUUCUCUCUCUGUCAUGCUCUCACUCAGAACCAAAAAACAAAAACAGCAAACCUUCAUAUAUUCUUCAUAUCACUUUCAAUGGAUUUCAAGGUCGGUGCAAUCGACGCCGUUACAAUCCAAACUCCCACCGUUCCGUUCAAUUCCCCAUGCUCAACUCUAGGCCGUCACCUCGCACGCCGUUUAGUCCAAAUCGGCGUCACCGACGUUUUCUCCGUUCCCGGUGACUUCAACUUAACACUUUUAGACCACCUCGUAUCUGAACCUGAACUUAACCUCGUAGGUUGUUGUAAUGAACUUAAUGCUGGUUAUGCCGCUGACGGUUAUGCUAGAGCGCGUGGUGUCGGUGCGUGUGCUGUUACGUUCACUGUAGGGGGAUUAAGUGUUUUGAAUGCUAUAGCGGGUGCUUAUAGUGAGAAUUUGCCGUUGAUAUGUAUUGUUGGGGGACCUAAUUCGAAUGAUUAUGGAACCAACAGGAUUUUACAUCAUACUAUUGGGCUGCAGGAUUUUAGUCAGGAGCUCCGUUGCUUUCAAACUGUCACUUGCUACCAGGCUGUGGUGAAUAAUUUGGAGGAUGCACAUGAACUGAUCGACACUGCGAUAUCUACAGCUUUGAAAGAGAGUAAGCCGGUGUAUAUAAGCAUAGGCUGUAAUCUGCCGGGGAUUCCACACCCUACUUUUAGUCGUGAACCAGUUCCAUUUGCCCUCUCCCCCAGACUAAGUAAUAUGAUGGGCUUAGAAGCAGCAGUGGAGGCAGCACCUGAGUUCUUGAACAAAGCAGUAAAGCCAGUGCUUGUCGGUGGGCCAAAAAUGCGGGUUGCAAAGGCAUGCGAUGCUUUUGUUGAGUUGUCUGAUGCCUGUGGUUAUGCUGUCGCAGUGAUGCCAUCCGCUAAAGGGUUGGUUCCCGAACAUCAUUCACAUUUCAUUGGGACUUACUGGGGUGCAGUGAGCACGGCAUUCUGUGCUGAAAUUGUGGAGUCUGCUGAUGCAUACUUGUUUGCUGGACCUAUUUUUAAUGACUAUAGUUCUGUUGGUUAUUCUCUGCUUCUCAAGAAAGAGAAAGCGAUCAUUGUCCAGCCUGAUCGUGUGACUAUUGGGAAUGGACCAGCAUUUGGUUGUGUUCUGAUGAGGGAUUUCCUUGCUGCAUUAGCAAAGAGAUUAAAGCACAAUCCGACUGCUUAUGAGAAUUAUCAUAGGAUUUAUGUUCCUGAGGGACAUCCUCUUAAAUGUGAGCCUAAGGAGGCAUUAAGGGUUAAUGUGCUAUUUCAACAGAUUCAGAAUAUGUUGUCUGGUGACAGUGCUGUGAUUGCUGAGACGGGGGACUCGUGGUUUAAUUGCCAGAAGCUGAAAUUGCCACAAGGAUGUGGGUAUGAGUUCCAAAUGCAGUAUGGAUCCAUCGGUUGGUCUGUUGGUGCAACUCUUGGUUACGCACAAGCUGCACCUGAAAAGCGGGUGAUUGCUUGCAUCGGUGAUGGUAGCUUUCAGGUGACUGCUCAGGAUAUUUCAACGAUGCUGAGGUGCGGACAAAGGACCAUUAUCUUCUUGAUAAACAAUGGUGGUUAUACAAUUGAAGUUGAGAUCCAUGAUGGACCUUACAAUGUGAUCAAGAAUUGGAAUUACACCGGAUUAGUCGAUGCAAUCCAUAAUGGAGAAGGAAAAUGUUGGACAACCAAGGUUCGUUGUGAAGAGGAGCUGGUGGAAGCAAUUGAAGCAGCAAAUGGAGCCAAGAAAGACUGCCUAUGCUUCAUUGAAGUGAUUUUCCAUAAAGAUGACACUAGCAAAGAACUGCUUGAAUGGGGUUCAAGGGUCUCAGCAGCUAAUAGUCGUCCACCAAACCCACUGUAAAAUCUCUAGUUGUUCAAAAUAUGUAUUUACCUGGUUUGCUACAAAAAUGUUGCCACUAAUGUUGCCAUGUUUAAUUUCCGAGUUCCUAGGUUCCCCGGGGGUAUUCCACUAUGUUUGCCUGUUACGGUACAUUUGUAAUACCGAAAAGGGCUAGAUGUGUCCCUCUACUAUCAGAAUUUAGUUAUAAGUAGCCUCUGUUAUACUAAUCGAAGGUUUUUGUC